AGAGGCCGCCCCGGAGGCCUCCGCCAAACGCCAGGUCUGAACAAAAUUAAGAAGAAGGAGCUUCUACAAUCGCAGCAGAUGAAGAUCCACUGGUAAAUCGAUCAGGAUUUUUGGCCUGCCCUCCAAAGAAAAGGAGCGGAAAGAAUGUCGGAGCGGGCCGCGGAUGACGUCAGGGGGGAGCCGCGCCGAGCGGCGGCGGCGGCGGGCGGAGCAGCGGCCGCGGCUGCCCGGCAGCAGCAGCAGCAGCAACAGCAGGCUCCGCAGCCCCAGCGGCAGCCGCCGCCGCCGCCGCGGCGCCUACGGCCGGAGGACGGCGGCCCCGGGGCCGCCUCCACCUCGGCCGCCACCGCAAUGGCGACCGUCGGGGAGCGCCGGCCCCUGCCCAGUCCCGAAGCGAUGCUGGGACAGUCGUGGAAUCUGUGGGUCGAGGCUUCCAAACUUCCUGGGAAAGACGGGACGGAAUUGGACGAAAGUUUCAAGGAGUUUGGGAAAAACCGCGAAGUCAUGGGGCUCUGUCGCGAAGACAUGCCAAUAUUUGGUCUCUGUCCAGCCCACGAUGAUUUCUACUUGGUGGUGUGUAACGACUGUAAUCAGGUUGUCAAACCGCAGGCAUUUCAAUCACAUUAUGAAAGAAGACAUAGCUCAUCCAGCAAGCCUUCUUUGGCCGUUCCUCCCACUUCAGUAUUUUCCUUCUUCCCUUCUCUGUCCAAAAGCAAAGGAGGCAGUGGAAGUGGAAGCAGCCGUUCUUCCAGUGGAGGUGUUCUAAGUGCAUCCUCGUUAAGUUCCAAGUUGUUGAAAUCGCCCAAAGAGAAACUGCAGCUCAGGGGGAACAGGCCAAUGCAUCCCAUUCAGCAAAAUAGAGUCCCCCAUGGUAGAAUCAUGACGCCCUCUGUCCAAGUGGAAAAGAUUCCUCCGAAGAUGGAUGGCGCACUACUGAAAUCUGCGGUAGGGCCAGUCUGUCCUGCUGCUGUGAGUUCCUCAGUCAAGCCUGGCCUUAACUGCCCCUCAAUACCAAAGCCAACCUUGCCUUCGCCUGGACAGAUUCUGAAUGGCAAAGGGCUUCCUGCACCGCCUACGCUGGAAAAGAAGUCAGAAGAUAACUCCAAUAACAGGAAAUUUUUGAAUAAGAGAUUAUCAGAAAGGGAGUUUGAUCCUGACAUCCACUGUGGGGUCAUCGAUCUCGACACCAAGAAGCCCUGCACCCGGUCUUUGACAUGCAAGACACAUUCCUUAACCCAGCGGAGGGCUGUCCAGGGUAGAAGAAAACGAUUCGAUGUGUUGUUAGCCGAGCACAAAAACAAAACCAGGGAAAAGGAAUCGAUUCGCCAUCCGGACUCUCAGCAACCAACGCAGCCUCUCAGGGACCCGCAUCCCACUCCUCCUAGAACUUCACAGGAGCCACACCAAAACUCUCACGGAGUGAUUCCUUCCGAAUCAAAGCCUUUCGUAGCUAGUAAACCUAAACCUCACACCCCCAGUCUUCCAAGGCCUCCAGGCUGCCCUGCUCAGCAAGGUGGGAGUGCCCCCAUUGACCCGCCUCCAGUCCAUGAAUCUCCACACCCUCCCCUGCCUGCCACUGAGCCAGCUUCUCGGUUAUCCAGUGAGGAGGGAGAAGGCGAUGACAAAGAAGAGUCUGUUGAAAAACUGGACUGUCAUUAUUCAGGUCAUCAUCCUCAGCCAGCAUCUUUUUGCACAUUCGGGAGCCGGCAGAUUGGAAGAGGCUAUUACGUGUUUGACUCCAGGUGGAACCGGCUUCGCUGCGCCCUCAACCUCAUGGUGGAGAAGCAUCUGAACGCGCAGCUGUGGAAGAAGAUCCCGCCAGUGCCCGGUACCGCGUCGCCUGUCUCCACACGUGUUCCUCACCGGACAAACUCUGUGCCCACAUCACACUGUGGGGUCAGCUACCUGGCGGCAGCCACCGUGUCUCCCUCCCCUGUCCCGCUCUCGUCCUCCUGCAUCUCCCCCUGUAGCAAGUCGGUACCAGCUCAUGGAACCACACUGAACGCACAGCCCGCCGCCUCCGGGGCCGUGGAUCCCGUGUGCAGUAUGCAGUCCCGACAGGUGUCCUCCUCCUCGUCCUCCCCCUCCACGCCCUCCGGCCUGUCCUCCGUGCCCUCCUCCCCCAUGGCCAGGAAACCUCAGAAGUUGAAAUCUAGCAAGUCUUUAAGGCCCAAGGAGUCUUCUGGUAACAGCACUAACUGUCACCACGCGAGUAGCAGUGCCGGCAGCGGCGGCUCAGGAAAGAAACGCAAAAACACUUCCCCGCUGUUAGUCCCGCCCCCCUCCUCCUCCUCCUCCUCCUCCUCCUCCUCCUCUUCUUCUCAUUCCAUGGAGUCUUUUAGGAAAAACUGUGUGGCUCACCCUGGGCCUCCCCACCCCGCGGCGGUAGCCUUUCCCCACGGCGUCGGCCUCAACUGUGUGGCCGGCAGAGCGAACUCGAUGAGCGGCCGGCACGAGCAGCCUGGGCGGGGCGCCCCCGGCGGGAGCCCCGGCGAGUCCAUCAAGAGGAUGAGCGUGAUGGUGAACAGCAGCGACUCCACACUCUCCCUCGGCCCCUUCGUGCACCAGGCCGGUGAGCUGCCCGUCAGCUCUCACGGCGCCUGCUCCCACCCGCACACUCCUCUGGACAAGCUCCUAGGCAAGAAAAGAAAGUGCUCGCCCGGCUCGAGCGGCAUCAACAGCAGCAGCGGCAGGCCCACCAAGGUGGCCAAACUGCCGGCCGUGAACAACGUCCACGUGAAGCACGCGGGCCCCAGCCCGGGGCCGCCAGGACUGGCAAACAGCUCCCUCCUGCAUCAGCAGGAUACCUCCUGUCCUUGCUUACAAGCAGGAAUUUCAGCGGUGUCACCCCCAGAGCCCUACUUUAAAAUGUGAGCCUCUUUUUUGUUUUGUUUUGUUUUUUUCCCUUCCUCAUCUUCAAAACUGAACUUAAGUGCCAGGCUAGAACUUUUCCAGAAAAUACCAAGAAGUUUCUUCAUGUGAUAGAAGUUUCCCUCCAAUAUCUGUGUGAAUUAAUACUCAGUGCCAAAGGUAUGGGGAAAAUAAUUAUGCACAAAUUUAGGUAGCAGCUGCUUCAAUUCUCCUCUCUGAGCCACAAAUACAUAUGGGCUAUUCGUGUGUUGUUUGGGUCUCUUUGAACAGGGGUUCCUGGACAAGUGAAACCUUCUUGAUUUGUAGUUAUUCCUUCUAGUUUAAUGAUAAGCAUAAAAACGCAGUGCAAACACUGUAAGAAUCCAUCCCUUAAUAACUCCCUUCUGGGUGUAGUUUCCUGAUUCACGUGAAUCCCGGGAGGGAUGUCCCACUGCCUCGGGAUGCCCACGCCAGUGUCACUGAGCGCGCCGUCUUCACGCAGACGCCGCUGCGGACCUUACUGCCCACCAGUGUCAGAAGGCGAGGAAGAGGCCGGGCGGGUGCAGCAGAGUGACAGUGUCUGUGGGGAAUGGGGGAGUGGGAGUCUCGUCUACACAGAGCAGCUGCUCCCAGAAGCUUGUUACCAAUUUCAAAGAGAAACUGCUGAUCUGGACUUGCGUGAGAGAUUUGACCAUUUUCUAAAGCUCUGAAGUUUUUCGUUUUGUUUUGAUCUGGUGAAGCCCACACGUUUGCCAGCUAAGUUUGGCUCAUGAGCUGCCAGUUUGCCACCUCUGAUUUCCACCGUCUAGGGGGGGACUGUGUCCCACUAGGACAAACAGCCUAAGUUUGGGUUCUUAAAAGCAGUUUCAUGUUAAGUUUGUAUUUGAGAAAGAUUUCCUCUGCAGUGGCAUACUUUCUAUUAUGCUGCACAAAUUCUAGGGGGGCCCAUGGCUACAGAUCAGAGGAUGGAUGAACCCCCAAGAUGUUGCGUAUUUUUACGUCUGUGAUCAUUUAUCUGCAAGAGGGAUCCUGUAGCUUUCUUCAGACUAUCAAAGGGACCCAUGACUCCAAAAUGCUGUAAAGAAGGCUGCUUCUUAGACCAGUAGGGACCUGAGCUCGCUGUUCUCCGUGGAGCUGAUUUUAAAGCAGAGAUAACUGAACUGGUUGGAAUCCCCUCAACAACGGAAUCAGUGCGACCUGCUGGGGAGCCUAGGAGAUGGGGCUGGGUGCGAGCCCAGCCCCCGAGUUGAUUCGUGGGCUCUGCCACCGAGGACCUAAAAAUAGCUCACUGUGGGACUGUGAAGGCCGGAGUCCCCUCUCCCCGCCUCAGCACGGCCUUGGGUGUGAGUUUUCACACCUGUGUGGUGGCCCAUUUGACCUUGUUCACGUCUCAGUUGACAACCUGGAAUACCUUCAAGGAAACAGCAUCAGUAAAUAGAACCAAAAGGCAAACAUGUGAGCCUUUUCUCUAAGCUAGAAAUCCAGGCUGUGUCUCUUCUGGACAGUUUUCUAGAAGCCAGUCUUUUAGAAGGAUUGUGCCCCAGGGCACAGAAGGCUUUUGAAAGCUAAAGCCAAAUUCUAGAGCUGCCUGCUCCUGGCAUCGCCCAGUUGGUGGAGACGCAGUGGCCUCGGGAAUACCUUGUUUAGAAAUCAGGGCGGGGCCGUGUACAGCCACUUACUUACCUUUCGUUGUCUCCCCACCCCCUCUUUUUUGAAAGCCAAAGGCACGUCCCUGACAGCUGAAAAUAGCACGGGGAGGAAUAAUCUGGACACUUUUGACGACAAGUUACACCUCCGCUCAGCACUCUGGACUCCACGAUGCCUUUGAGUCUGUUUUCCCAACCUCCUGUGGGCCUCGAGGGUAGAAAUCUGCCGGGCUGUUGUUUUAACGAGGAUGUCCCUGAAGCUUUGUCUGUAGCAGUGAGUACUCAUAAAGGACACUGGAUCAAGUCCAGCCACCGAAUUGCUUUUAUCAGUGUUAGAGUGGUCUGGACUACUUGCUACAAUCUGUGAGAAGUUCCUGUCUCAUUGUUGAACCUGUAGUAUUUCACGGAGCCACUCUUGGAGGAGGUUGGCUGGCGAGAGUGUCUUGGCAAGAGCGUGACUGUAGACUUUUCUCCCUCCCUCCUCUCCCUGCCUAGUUCUUUCCUCACCCUGUCGUCUGUAGGUCCCUCUCCAGCAGUCAGGCACCUUAACUGGAGACACCUCCCAGGGGCGAGCAGAGCUGCACCCCAAGCAGCCCUCUGGAGAAAGGGGGUCUGCAGCUAGGUUUUUAUAGCAGGUGCCGGGAAUGGAAUAUGGACGUCAGUGAGAGGCACCGUGACAAAAGAGCCUGUGUUUUUGCCCAGCCUUUUGCAAGUAAUUUGGGAUCAGAAGCCGUCAGAAGUUUCUAAUGUACAAACUGGUUUAAAGCCAUUGAUGGCCAGAGCAAGUAUACACCAGUUUAGAGGCUUACUUUUCAUGGUACAAAAGCAAUUCUGUGUGAUUUUUUUUUUUUUUUUAAGAAAAUGCAAAUGCAAACAAUUUUGAUAAUGGAAAGCCAAAUUCUGGCGGGUGGGGAGGUAGACAGAAAUCACUAUGGGGGAAAAUUUUCCAAGAUUUCCAAAGAGAUUGAAUUUUUUUUAACCUUUGUUUUCAUGUUAAACAGUAUACAGUUAGGUUGGUUGUCCUGCCCAGUCUCCUGUUUUUAAAAAUUGCCUUUGUAACGUGAAAUAGUUGGGAUGCAGCAGACUCUGUCGUUCACCAAGUCAUUGAUAUACUUAAAUGUUUCCAAGGCACUCGGUGCGUUACCCGCAACGUCUUCUUUGUAUACUGUCCUGGGACUAAGUGUAAAUUUCCGCUUGGAGCACUCCCCAUAUUGUGUGUAUCUACACACCCCUUCCUGCCACUACACAUGUUUAUGUGGAUGCCGUUGGGAUGGGGAGCAGGCACCCAGGGAAGGGCGUUGGUGACUGUGAACACCUGCCCACGCGGAGAUGACGGGAUGCAUGUGUAGUGUCUCCCAGUCACACCUCCUUUCUGGGGAUUUACGCCUGCCAUCUCACGGAGAGUUUCAGAGACCCUCCAGGAUAGUGCUUCUAGUACCCCACCCCAAAAGGAAGAGCUUGAUAGGUUAAGACGUCAUUGAUUGAGAAGGUGUCAUUGAAUUUGAGGGGAUGAGCUGGAGCCCUUUAACAGAUGAUUCCACCACCACAGCUCCUGAAAGGAGAGCCAGGCACUUUUGCUUAGAAGAACACACAAAGCUGCCGAACACAGGGUAAAUUUCCCCAGGUUCUGAUCCUGGCCCUGGGCAGGGCUGGGACAGAGCCAGUCAGUGCAUCCGUUUUCCUUACAAUUCUUGGGUUACAAACUUCAGUUUCAGGGAAUUUUAAGUCAACAACAGGUAGAAUGAAUAAAUACUUGGUUACCAGCCUAAUAAUGUGAAUUGCUACAGAACUAUUCUUAUUAUGUAAGGUAACAAAAACUUUAUUCAGAUACUUUAGCUAUAAAUUGAUGUAAAAUAUUGAUUUUCUUUUUAAAGGAAGGGGAGAACAGUAUCUUGUUCACCUAUUAUGCAAUCAGUCAGUAAAUGUUUUAAAAAUGAUACUGUAAGAGAGCUUGUAAGAAGAAAGCACGGAUGGGCCAGUUUGGUGUCGUUAGGAGAGGUCAGUCUGGUUGUUCAUCCCAGGAGAUGGAGAGAAGGAGGUAAGAGGGAAUCAGAACGUACUUAGUUGAUUCCUUGGUGACAAGUGCAAUGGGGUAUGGGUAGAAUUUAUUUUCAGAGCCAAGGGGACUUGAUGGUUAUAAAUAAAGUUGCUUUUAGUGAUGGAAUUUAUAGACAGAUCAUGUUGUUCUGAAAGAUGUGAAUAGGAUCCACGAUAGCAGGUUGAUGCAGAAUAAUGUAGAUAUUUAGAUUAGCGAGUCUUGAUCAUUUGAUUUCUUAGACUGAGGUUUUAAUUGAAAUUUCAUUAUUGUCUCCCGGUAGUACACAGAGCAUCGGGAUUAGGAAAUUAGCCAUUUUGGAUUCUGCCUGCCACAAACAGACCUAAACAGUGCUAUUAAAUUUUAGACUGUUGUUCAAAUAUUGUAUUUUCUCCUACAACUACUUUUUAUUAUGAUGAACAAUUAAGACCAUUUAAAACAUGGGAGUACAAGUAUUUUUUUGAAUUAAAUUAACUUGCAAAAACCAAAUUUGCAGUGGUUGGGUUGUUUCUAGACAGACUUUGGUAUCAAUUUAAAACCAAGAUAAUUUUUAUAUUCUUUCCAAUAGAAUUUCAUGACAACUCCUGCAGU